UUCACGAAAACCUCAUGCGCUUCUUGUACUUGGCUGUGGCCGGUGCGGCAGCGGUCUCGUCGACUGAUGCAGCUGCGCUUCCCAAGGCCGACAUCGGAAAGGUCACUGUCGCCGCCGAAAAUGCAUUUGCCAGUGGGGACAUGAAAAAGGCGAUUGCACUCUACUCGCAAAUCCUGGAUGUCGACCCGAACGAACGCUUGUACUACAAACGAUACCGUGCCUACUUGGCCGAUCGCAAGUACACGUCGGCACUAGCAGACCUCACGUCCGCGGUCACGGUCAAGCCCACGUACACCCAGGGAUACUUGCAACGUGGUCGGCUCAACGUCAUGAUUGGCAAUUGCGCCGACGCUGUGCACGAUUUCACCAAAGUCAUGUCCUUGGAUCCGAACAACGCCAGCGGCAAUGACAACCUUGUGAAGAGCCAAGAAUGCGCCAAACAACUCGAGAUUGCCGCGCAAGCUCAGGCGACGGGAAGCUUCGAGAGAGCUGUACAGGCCCUCACACUCGCGAUCGACAACUACGCAGUGUCGAGUCCGGCGCUGCUCUUACAGCGCGCAGAGCUCAACGGUUUCCUCGGGCAAACGUUCGACUUGAUUGCCGACACUGGCAGCGUCUUGCGACUCGAGCCUGGAAGCCUCGAGGCCCUGCAACUCCGUGGAGAAGCGUACUAUUCACUGGGCGACAACCAGUCGUUGGAAGCGGCGGUGUCGCAUUUCCGGCAAGGGCUUCAAUUCGACCCUGAACACAAGGUGAUGAAGGCCAUGUACAAAAAGACCAAGAAACUGCUUAAGUUGAUCGAGAAUGCCCGCGUCGCCGCCGAAACCCACCAAUUUGCAGAAGCGGCAGAAGACCUUCAGCUGGCCAUGGCGACAGAUCCGUCCCACCAUGCGCUGAACAUAGAACUCAACUUCAAGCUGUGCGAUGCCUUUGCCCACCUGCAAAAACACUCGGAGGCAAAAGCAGCGUGUGCUCAAUCUUUGCACCUGCAUGAAGCAAGCGCCGAUGUCCAUGCCAAACUCGGCGACGUCCUCAUUAACUUGGAGGAGUACGACGAGGCCGUGCGCCAUCAUCGCCGCGCGGUCGAGUUGGACGAAAACAAUCGAUCGUUCCACGAAGGCCUCCGACGCGCCGAAGCUGCUCUCAAGCAAAGCAAGACCAAGAACUACUACAAAAUCCUAGACGUUCCGCGAGAUGCAUCCAACCAAGUGAUCAAGAAAGCGUACAGGAAGAAGGCGCUCGAAUGGCACCCGGACAAGCAUGCGGACCGUGGGGAGGCAGCCGCUGAGGAAGCCAACAAGAAGUUCCAGGAAGUGGCCGAAGCGUACGAGAUCCUGUCAAACGAAGAGACCCGCGGACGGUACGAUCGGGGCGAAGACGUGACGGGCAACCAGCAGGACCAGCACCAACACAACCCGUUCCACCACUUUCACGGAGGACAGUCCUUCCACUUUCAGUGGGGCUAAGCGGUCAUGGCAGUUCAAAUCGGGCGGACUCGUGCAGAGAGUUGUCUAAAACUUCAUUUUUGUCCACGGG